GUUUGUCCAAGUAGGCUUGCCGUACACUUCUGGUGCAGUUAUUUUUCCGAAUGCAGCCUGGUUGGCCAAGGUCAGUCAGUUAUCAACUCACAACAAACUUCAUACUGCAGCGGGAUCAGUGCUAUUCAGUUUAAUGGAAGGACGCUCAGAAUCCAAAAUUCAACUGGUUCGUCGACAUAUCCAUUCUUUUCCUGACUUUCCGAAGAAGGGCAUUUUGUUCAGAGAUAUAUGUCCCAUCCUGAAGGAUCCAACUGCCUUAGCAGCUGUUAUUGACCUGUUUGAAGAACACGUGAAAAACAAAAACUGGGGCGUUGACCUGAUUGUAGGUUUAGAUGCUCGUGGUUUCCUGUUUGGACCUCUUCUUGCCCAGCGGCUGGGAGUUGGUUUUGUCAUGGUCAGGAAGAAAGGAAAACUUCCUGGGGCUACCGUCUCUGUGGCAUACAAUUUGGAAUAUGGGAAGGCAGAAGCAGAGAUCCAAGUGGAUGCGGUGACCCCCGGGCAGAAAGUUGUGCUUCUUGAUGACCUUCUAGCAACUGGAGGUACUCUGUUCGCAGCUUGUGAACUAAUGAAGAAACAACAUGCAGAAAUUCAAGGUUGCAUGGUCGUCAUUGAACUGACUGAACUGAAAGGUAGUGACAGACUGAAACCACACAGUGUAUACUCUCUGGUUCAGUAUUGAGAAUAAUUGCAUUCUUAUUAUAUCACACGGUUAGAUUUUACAGCAUCAAAGAAAAAUGUACCCUGUCCAACCUGUACCAUCAUCUACUGUACACAAACUCAAUUUCCAAUGAAAUUGGGAUGUUAUGCGAAACAGAAUCCAAAACAAUACAAUGAUUUGCAAAUCUUUCAACGUCUUCAAAUGAAUACACUACAAAUAUAUGCAAUGUUGAAACUGAUUUUUUUUCUUCAGAUAUUCACUUAUUGCUAAUUUUAUACCUGCAUUACUUUCUAAAAAAAUAGACGUGUCGUAACCUUCCCUUUUAACAAUACUCAAUGUGUGUUUGGAAACUGAGGGCAGUAACUACAAUGGUCCCUCACUAUAUCGCGCUUCAUUUGUCACAGCUUCAGUACAUGCCAUUUUUUGUUGCCCCCCGUGGGGUGAGGUACAAAGUAUUGUAUUGAAAAAAAAUAUGCAGAAUGACUCAGAUUUUGUACAUUCCUGUAUGCGUGAUUGUUUCCCGGCGCGACGUCGACAGCAUGGGGUGGAUUUAUUUUCCCGUGAGCCCAGCACCUUCCCUUGUGUCUCGUCACGCUGUUGACUCUAAACCAGGGGUGGGCAAUUAUUUUCCCGCGGGGGCCAAAUGAGAAGCAGAAAAUAUUGUGGAGGGCCGGGCCAAAAGUUAUAAAUAGAAAUAGAAAAUAAAGAAGAUAGCACAAUGUCUUUGUAUGCCAGUAAUAAUGUAACAUUCUCCUCCACCAUCACACUCAGCACUGGGUCUCCUCAAGGAUAUGUACUGAGCCCCCUGUUGUUCACGCUCUACACAUUUGACUGCUCUCCGACUCUUAUUAGCGGUCCAGUUUGCGGAAAGUUUUUAACAUAAUAACAAUCAAACCAUUCUAGGAAAUGUUCAUUUACUCAAGCCACAAGCAAUUCACUCUGAGCAUGAAAAUUGCCAGAAUCUGACUGAGUAAGAAUCACUUCCUUGUUUUUCAAAGUCUCGUAGAUUUGAGUCUUUCCGACUCCAGGCGUCUCCUGAAUGUUUCGUACUUUGUUACCCGCUUCGUUUAAUCAGAUACAUAUUACUUUCCCUUCCAUGGUCAUUACUCUCUCCCUCUGCCUUCGUCUCCCACUCCCUCCCUGUGCUCUGCAACUGCAACCUGUCAUUACAAGUCCAAACGAAAUGAAUGCAAUCAAACCUUAAUUGUGCACCAAUCUUCGGCGGUCCAGAUUAAAAAGACCAAGGGGCCGGAUCCGGUCCGCAGGCCGUAGUUUGCCCACCCCUGCUCUAAACGUUCACCUGCCUCUCUCUCUGGUAUACUCUCUGUUGUGUUUGCGACAAGCGCCACACCUCCACCACGGAGGGAGGGAGAGAGAGAGAGUGCGAGAGCGAGAGUGAGUGCGAGAGCAAGCAGCACGUCUCUCUCAGCCUCCUCCUCAUCAAUACCGAUUAAUUGUCUUAUCAUAAAAGCGUCCUGGAGCUAUCUGGAGAAUAACGGUGGCUACACCGCCAGAGCAUAAAGGGAGAGCCACAAACACAACUCUCUUGGCCUCUCUCAGAAGGCAAUGCUGAUGAAUGUUAAUUACCACAUAAGGUUUUAUCAUUUUAGAUUUAAGUAAAUACGUGUACUGCUGUAGUCUUUGUCUCAAAUAUGUAAAAUAUAAUCACUCUUUACAUAUCUUAAACAUACUGGUACCCACAUAAAUUGACAUCCUUUCAUUAUUUACUAGAUGAACCAGAAUUUUCUCCAGCUCAAUCCAGAAUAGACAGAAGUUAGUUUUUCGCCCUGAAAAUGACAGCGGUGCUCACCUUAACUCUGUCAGUGAGCAAAUUAAUCUUGGUGUAGUUAUUGACUCAGCCUUAAGUUUUAACAACCACUUAAAAGCCAUUACUAAAUCUACCCGCUGACAAAAAUAGCUGGAAUAAAGGGCCUUCUGGUUCAAGCAGACAGAAAAACGUGUUCAUGCUUUUAUGUUCAGUCGGCUAGAUUACUGUAAUGGUGUCUUUACAGGUCUUGAUAAAAAAAAAAAAAACAUCAAUUAGGUAGCUGCAGUUGAUCGAAAUCCUGCUGUCACAGUCCUAACAAAGACCAGGAAAUUGGACCACAUCACAACAAAUCACUGCACUGAAUAGAUGCACAGAAUAGAUUUUAAAAGCUUGCUGCUUGCCUAUGAAUCUUGAAAUGGUCUUGGUCCAAAAUAUAUGCAAGAUGUACUCGUACUCAACGAAGCAUCCAGGUCAUUCAGGUUGUCUGGGAAGGGUCUCUUGUGUGUUCCCAGAACCGAGCAAGGGGAUGUAGGAUGUAGUUACUAUGCUCCUCGUCUGUGGAACAAACACCCGAAAUACCUGAAGUCUACUCAAACUGUCAGUUAUUUCAAAUCAGGGCUGAAAACUUAAUGAUGAAUCCAUCCGUUAUUCUCUUGUUUUAAUCCUCAUUUGCGCUUUUAAUUUAUCCAACCUAAUACUUGGUUUGAAUCCUUUCAUUCAAAUUGUUCUAAUUGGUGAUGUUUGUCAUGUCUUAAUUUUUUGUUCCUAUAUCUGCAAAUGAUUUUGUUUUAUGUAAAGCACUUUGAAUUGUGUUGUACAUGAAACAUGUUCUCAAAAUAAACUUGCUUUGUAAAAAAAAAAAAGCCAGAUAAACUAAUAAAAUAUUUGUCCAGGCCUGA